AUGGUCCUCCAGGUUCUCUACACAGCAGUAACAGCAGUACUACCAGUCAGGUACUGGCCCCAUGCCGCCGUCGCCGCUGCAGUCGUGGUCGUGAUCUACGCGUAUGCGCAGGGACGCUCUACUACACGAGAGCGCGACCUCCAUGCGCGAGUCAUUCUACUCACGGGACCGUUUACGCCAUUAGGGCUCGUUGCGCUGACAGCUCUUGCAGAACGAGGUGCGAACGUCAUUGCGCUAUCGCCGUACCCAUUAUCGCAUCCGGUUCCCUCCCUAAUCCUUCCUCUGCUCCGCUCAACGACGAAGAAUGAAAAUAUAUAUGCCGAACAUUGCGACUUGACAUCCGUUACCUCCAUCCGCAAGUUCUGCACAGCUUUCCUUACCCAGAACGACACCCGCAUAGAUGCGCUCGUCUUCGCCCACGAAUAUCCAAGCAUAGGACGCACCUGGUUCUGCGGUGGGAAAGCCCGCACAGACAAGGAGCGACGGGAGUCAGAGCAGCGGGAAUCUGCUUCCCUCGCAUCGUUUCUCAUCACCACUCUUCUCCUUCCAGCACUGCUCGUCGCGCCCGUAGAACGGGACAUCCGCGUCAUCUCGGUCGUGAAUCCAUUCUACGCCGCCGCUCUGCCGACGUUUCCCGCAUUCCUCCAGUCUACCCCCACGUCACUACCACCCCCCCAGCCUCUAGUCAUCGCCGAGGGCCACCGAUCACUUCGGACUAUCAUCUUCACCUGCCACCUGCAGCGCAUCCUCGACUCCCUCCCAAACCGGAAGGCGGAGAAGUCUGACAAACCCCCCGUUCCCCACCCUUCCAACAUCCUCGCCGUGUCCGCCUGCCCGGGCAUCAGCCGUCGCGACACUAUUGCGCCCUUCCUCGGCGUGGGCGACCGCGGGUGGUCGCUUGCGUACAUGGCGCUCUUCCUACCUCUGUUCCUCUUCACGAAGUCUUCCGAGUCGGCGUUGCAGACCGUCCUGCAUUGUCUAUUCUUGCCCACACCUCUCAAGCGCGCCCAGCUGAAGGUCGACGCCGCGGCGGACGAGGAGCUGCGGAAAACCCAAGCGGAGGCCGCGGGGUCCGCGGACGCAUCGGAGUCUACGGCUGAGACGCGAGCGCGCCGAGCGACAACGAUCGCGAACGUCGAGGUGCUCAAGCCAGGGGCGCUCUACCGCGAAUGUGCGGUUGUGCGACUCGACGUGCCGCGGCCUGCCAUCUUGCCCUCAGCAGCCAAGGAGGGCAAGAAGUCGGUGGCGGAGGACAUCUUGGAGGAUGAUGGGGAGUUCGGCGGGGAGGCUGUGGGAAGGGCUGUGUGGGAGUGGUAUGAGGCGCGGCUGAAGGAAUGGGAGGCGAAGGAUAAGGAGCGGGAG